AUGGUUGCCAGAUCUAAAAAGAAACGACAGAAAGGCCCCCAAACCAGCACGCCUGUCUCUUCACCUUCAACGGUACUUGUAGCAUCUAUAGACGAUGAGUUACCCAGCCUUCAAUCUCCUUUCAAGAGAGAAAAGAGAACAUCCAGCCCUGGACAGUCUUUAAUGAAGGAAGACAAUGAAGAGCUGCCAGAUAUUCCUUUACCUAUGACCUCAAAGGACACAGAUGAAACAACACAUACAGACGAUUGGACAUCAGAUAUUGAAAAUAAGAUGGAUGAAGAUGAUGUAUUGAAAGACUUUGAGGAGAUGAUGCAGAAAAAGAGAGACAGACAGUCGGUAAGCAUAGUUGUCUCACAUUGCAAGAGAACUCAAUUACAUGAAUUUGCCAUGUUGUAUUUAAUCAUGAGAAUGUGAAAUUGUGAGAACCGACCAUUUUUUUUU